ACAGUGUGAGCUUAUCAAUCUAAAAGAAUGUAAUGCUGAAGUCUCUUUUCAGAGAGAGAGAGAGAGUGCUUGUGAGUUUGAUAGAGAAAAUGGGGUGAACUAGGAAGAUAUGCAGCUGGGGGGUUAGUAUCACGGUGCUGCUGAUCACAGCCCCGUUAUUUUACUGGGUUUCAUUCGUUUGAUUUGAAGGUUAUUGAAGUGAGGAGUUCCAUUUGCACUUGAUCAAGAAGAUCCAUUUGCACAAACAACAAACAGGUAUAAGUGACAUAUGAAGUGAAGAUCUUGAAGGGUCCUUUGGAGCAAUAUUGAGUAGCUAGAAUAACUUAAAUUAUUAUUCUGGCCUGGAUCCACUACUUGGGUUUUUAUUACUGGUACAAGGACCAGGCUUUUGCAAAGUCCAAGCCAGUUGCUUUAUUGUUCUUGGCUGGAGUCAUGGCAACACUAUUACAUUCCGAGUCCAGAAGAUUAUAUUCUUGGUGGUGGGACAGCCACAUUAGCCCAAAGAAUUCGAAAUGGCUUCAAGAAAAUCUCACAGAUAUGGAUGCCAAAGUCAAAGCAAUGAUCAAGGUCAUUGAAGAAGAUGCCGAUUCUUUUGCAAGGAGGGCAGAAAUGUACUAUAAGAAGCGUCCUGAACUGAUGAAACUGGUGGAGGAAUUCUACAGAGCUUACCGUGCAUUAGCAGAGAGAUAUGAUCAUGCAACCGUGGAGCUCCGCCAGGCUCAUCGAACAAUGGCAGAAGCAUUUCCCAACCAAGUACCAUAUGUACUGGUUGAUGAUUCACCUUCAGGAUCUUCUGGCCCCGAGGGUGAGCCGCAUUCUCUAGAAAUGCCACAUCCCAUUCGUGCAUUUCUUGACCCAGAUGACUUGCGUAUGGAUUCAUUGGGACUCUCUAUUAACAAAACAGGUUUAAAGCAGCUCAAUGAGUUGUUUGGCUCACGAGAUGCAGUAUCUCAAGUUUCAAAAGUUGCAGAUGGAAAAUUGAAAAAAUGCCUGAAGAUUCAUGAAGCAGCAGAGGUUGACACCGGAAAGCAAGCUGAAACUGAAGUUCAAAUCAUAAAGAAAGCUCUUUCAGAGAUUCAAACUGAGAAGGAAGCUGUUCUUCUUCAAUACCAGCAGAGCUUGCAGAAGUUAUCCAGCUUGGAGAGAGAACUAAAUGAUUUCAGAGGGAUUGAUGAAAGAGCAGGCAAAGCAGAAAUUGAAAUUAAGAUCCUGAAGGAAACCCUUGUUAAAUUAGAAGCUGAAAGGGAUGCUGGUCUUCUACAGUACAACAAAUGCUUGGAAAGAAUAUCUGCUUUAGAGAAUGUGAUCUCUAAAAUGGAAGAGGACGCAAAAGCUCUCAAUGAACGAGCUAUUAAAGCUGAAAUAGAAGCUCAAAAUCUCAAGCAAGAACUUUCAGGAUUAGAGGCUGAAAAGGAAGCUAGUCUUCUUCAGUACAACCAAUGUCUUGAACUGAUAUCCAAUUUGCAGAAGAAAAUCUUGAUUGCGGAGGAAAAUGCUAGAAUGCUCAAUGCAUUAACCGAAACAGCAGAAACUGAAGCUAAAGCAUUGAAGGAGGCCCUCGCUAAAUUGAGCGAAGAGAAAGAAGCUGCAGAACUUCAGUAUGAGCUGUGUUUGGAGAAAAUAGCUAUGAUGGAGAGUGAAGUUUCUCAUGCUCAGGAGGACGUCAAUCGACUAAACAGUGAAAUUCUGUCAGGGACUGCGAAAUUGAAAACCGUAGAAGAACAGUGUUUCCUGUUACAGAGAUCAAAUCAAUCUCUGCAGUCAGAGGCAGAUACUCUAGUACAGAAGAUAGAAACAAAGGAUCAAGAACUUUCAGAGAAGGUAAAUGAGUUGGAGAAGCUUCAGGCUUCGCUGCAAGAUGAGCAGUCACAGUUUCUUCAAGUUGAAGCCACUUUGCACUCAUUGCAGAAAUUGCACUCUCAAUCUCAAGAGGAGCAGAGAGCUUUGGCAAUUGAGCUUCAGAAUCACUUCCAAAUGUUGAAGGAUUUAGAGAUAUCCAACCAUGAUCUGCAGGAGAACCUUCAACAGGUUAAGGAAGAGAACCAGAACCUCCAUGAAUUGAACAGUAAUUCCGUUAUUUCAAUAACAGAUUUGAAAAAUGAAAUUAGCUUGAAGGAAAUGAAAGAGAAACUUGAAGAGGAUGUUUCCCUACAAGCUGCACAGAGCAAUUCCCUACAGCAAGAGAUUUUCCAUUUGAAGGAGGAAAUUGAGGGCUUGAGUACAAGAUAUUGGAUUUUAAUGGAGCAAGUGGACUCGGUAGGUUUAAAUCCAGAGUGCCUUGGCUCAUCUGUGAAGAACUUGCAAGAUGAAAACUUGAAACUAAAAGAGGUCUGCAAAAAGGACACAGAAGAAAAGGAAGUUCUCCAUGAAAAGUUGAGCACAAUGAAUAACAUUAAGGAGAACAAUGUUGCACUGGAGAGGUCCCUCUCAGAUUUGAAUCGCAUGCUGGAAGGGUCAAGAGAGAAGGUUAAAGAGUUGCAGGAGUCCUCCCAGUUUCUUCAGGGAGAAAAAUCCAGUCUUGUUGCUGAAAAAUCCAUCCUGCUUUCUCAGUUACAGAUGAUGACAGAGAAUUUGCAGAAGCUCUCGGAGAAAAAUGCCUUGCUGGAGAAUUCUCUCUCUGGUGCAACUAUUGAGCUCGAAGGUCUGAGGACAAGGUCAAGAAGCUUAGAAGAAUUCUGCCAGACGCUAAAAAAUGAGAAAUCCAAUCUUGAAGAUGAAAGAAGCUCCCUGGUCUUACAGCUGAAAAAUGUUGAAGAGAGACUGGGAAACCUAGAAAGGAGAUUUACAAGAUUAGAAGAAAAAUACACUGAUCUGGAGAAGGAAAAUGAUUCUACACAUUCUCAAGUAAAGGACAUGUGGGGUUUUCUUGGUGUAGAAAAACAAGAGCGCUCAUGUUAUAUACAGUCAAGUGAAUCUCGACUUGCAGAUCUGGAAAGCCAGGUCCAUCAACUACAUGAAGAAAGUAGGUCGAGCAAGAAAGAAUUCGAAGAAGAACUGGAUAAAGCUGUAAAUGCUCAGGUUGAAAUCUUCAUCUUGCAGAAGUUUAUUAAAGAUUUAGAAGAGAAGAAUUUGUCCCUGUUGAUUGACUGUCAGAAACAUGUCGAAGCAUCCAAAUUCUCAGAUAAACUGAUAUCAGAAUUAGAGACUGAAAAUCUUGAGCAGCAGGCUGAAGUAGAAUUCUUGUUAGAUGAAAUUGAAAAGCUUAGAAUGGGUGUUCGUCAAGUUUUGAGGGCUCUUCAAUUUGAUCCAGUUAAUGAGCAUGAAGAUGGGAGUCUUGCAUGUAUUUUGGACAAUAUCGGUGACCUAAAAAGUUUGCUCCUUUUAAAGGAGGAUGAGAAACAGCAGUUGGUGGUCGAGAAUUUGGUGUUGUUAACUUUACUCGAACAACUGAGAUUAGAUGGUGUUGAGCUUGAGACAGAGAAAAGCAUCAUAGAGCAGGAGUUCAAGAUAAUGGUAGAGCAACAUACUAUGCUGGAAAAAAGUAACCACGAACUGCUAGAGAUGAACAGGCAAUUGAGAUUGGAAGUGAGCAAAGGAGAGCAGCAGGAUGAGGAAUUGAAAGCUCAACUUGAAACCCAGCAUUUGAAUCUGGCGAGUUUGCAGGGUUCGUCCGUGCAAUUGAAAGAAGAAAAUCUGAAGGUGCUUGGAGAAAACAGGUCUUUGCUUCGGAAAGUUUUGGACCUCAAAGAGGAAAUGCAUGUACUUGAAGAGGAAAACAGUAGCAUUCUCCAGGAAGCUGUAACUGUCAGUAACCUCUCAUCGGUGUUUGAGAGCUUUGCGGCAGAGAAAGUUGAGGAACUCGAAUCCCUUUCUGAAGAUAUCAGCUUUCUAAACUUGAUGAACAGUGAUCUCAAGCAGAAGGUUGAAAUGUUGGGGGAUAAACUGUUAUCAAAAGAAUCAGAAAAUCUACAUCUUGAUAAAAGAAUUGAAGAGUUGCAGCAGGAACUGCAGGAAGAAAAAGACUUAACAGAUCAAUUAAACUGUCAAAUUGUAAUUGAAAAAGAUUUUCUUCGAGAGAAAGCAACGGAGCUUUUCCUAGCGGAACAAAAUAUCACAGCUACCAACAACUUAAAUGCAGAAUUUCACACCACUAUUGAGGAGCUUAAGAGGCAAUGUGAAGCAUCAAAAGUUGCAAGAGAGAACAUAGAUAAGCGGAUUCUUGAACUGUCCCAAGUUUGCACAGAUCAGAAAAUAGAGAUUGAAUGCCUUAGUGAAGCAAAAGACGAUCUGGAGUCAGAAAUGGCUACAUUGCUCAAGGAAAUCAAGGAAAGACAGACUAGGGAAGAGAACUUGAGUUUGGAGCUGCAAGAAAGAAGCAACGAGACUGAACUCUGGGAAGCUGAGGCUUCGUCAUUCUUCUUUGAUCUUCAAAUAUCUUCUAUCCACGAAGUUCUGCUUCAAAACAAGGUUCGUGAGCUGACUGUAGUUUGUGGGAGUCUUGAAGAAGAAAAUGGUAAAAAAGAUAUUGAGAUUGAAAAAAUGAAAGAAAGGUUUGGCAAACUGGAAAGCGAAAUUCAAAGAAUGAAGGCUCAUUUGUCUGCAUAUGUUCCGGUCAUAACUUCACUGAGAGAGAAUAUAGAAUAUCUUGAGCACAAUGUGCUUCUUCAGACAAGUCGAGGACAAAAGGGAGUAGAAAUGACUAGUCAACAUCAUGAAAAGAGUCCUGAAGAACUCAUAAAUGAUGAAAGCGUUGCAGUAACAGAUGGAAUUUCAGAUUUGCUGAAGAUGAAGUCUAGAAUUAACGCAGUGGGUGAGGCAGUGGUUAAAGAAAUGGAUAGGCUUGCAGCUGAAAAGGCAAUGUUGAAAGAAAUGGAUAGGCUUAAAAUGCAGGAAAUGGGGAACACUGAGGAGCCCUUAAUGAAAGGGGCUGAACAUUUAGAGAUGAGAGGCCGAUCAGCUGCAGAAAAGGAUGUCCAGAAGGAUGAGAUGGAACUUGCAAAUAAGCCCACUGAUGCAGCUAAGCCACAGAACAACAAAUCUGAAAUUUCUGAAGUGAGGAAUGAGAUUUUGAUGAAAGAUAUCCCACUUGAUCAGGUCUCGGAAUGUUCAUUAUACAGGAGAAGCAAGAGAGAGCAUGCUGGGAAAGAUGAUCGGAUGCUUGAAUUAUGGGAAUCUGCUGAGCAAGACUGCCUUGAUCCGCUUGCUGACAAACAGAAGCCGACAGCCCCUAUUGAGAAUGUUGCUGCAUGUUGUCAGUUCAAAAAUGCCAAACGGAAGAGUCAGGAUCCCUCUUUGGAAUUGCAGAUUGAGAAGGAAGUGGGCAUUGACAAGCUUGAGGUAUCAACAAGCAUCACUAGAGAACCCAAUCAAGAAGGAAACAGAGGAAAGAUCUUGGAGAGGCUUGCUUCUGAUGCUCAGAAAUUAAUUUCGCUUCAAAUAACAGUGCAAGAUUUGAAAACGAAAAUGGAGUUGAGGAAGAGAGGCAAGAGGGCCAAUGAUCUUGAAUUUGAAAGAGUGAAAAGACAGUUACAAGAAGUUGAGGAGGCUGUUCUGCAGUUGGUUGAUACUAAUGAUCAGCUGACCAAGGAUGUUGAAGAGAGUCCCCCAUAUUUGGAGGGGAACACUUCAGUAGAGAUGGAAGAGACAGGCACCAUGCACAGAAAAAGAGUGGCAGAACAAGCACGGAAAAGGUCUGAAAAGAUCGGAAGGUUACAGUUUGAGGUGCAGAGUAUCCAUUACAUUCUGCUAAAACUGGAGGAUGAAAAGAAAAGCAAAAGUAAGCACAAAUUUUCUGGAAGUAAAACAGGCAUCCUCUUGAGAGACUUCAUAUACAGCGGUGGCAGGAGAAGCAGCAGAAGGCAGAAGAAGGGUUGCUUUUGUGGGUGUGCAAGACCUUCAUCUAAUGAAGACUGAGGUAACCACUUUAAGUAAAGAUCGUUGUUAUUUCUAGCUACAGUUCUUGAAGUAUUCCAGAUUUUCGUGUAUUUUAAGAGAUUAAGUUAGACCGAAGCUAUUCAUGUUAGCUUAGUAUAUAACCUGAGAAUAGGCUGAUCUAGAAAGUAGUACUUGUUUCGCCAGCCUUCUUACCAUUGUAAUUUCAACUGAACGAUGCCAAUGCAAUCUAAGUUCCAUAUAUAAAA